CCGCCAUCUUAUUGUGAAUGAAACAUGUGUUUGAUAUGCUCGCCUGAGAAAGUUCUAGGCUGUUCUUGAACGCGUGUCCUAAUAACAAAACCAUGUUAUGAGACAUAUGAUAGCCACCCAUCUCGCGUCUGUACAACCAAAGGGUAGUACUAGUAACUUGUAGUCAACAGUUAGCUCCAAACCACGUCCGUGACCAUGGCUUCUAGUGGAAGUGGAGACGAUCGCCAUCCAACUGAAGGGAGCGGCGCUGAUCCUAAGAAACUACAAGACGUUCUAAAACUUGCCAUAGAGAACACUCCAAGUAAUACAGCCGCUGCUUCAGACCAAAGGGAUCUAUCAGAAGAAAGACAGCAAUGGCUGCAUAAUGCUUUAUCUGACAUGUACCGAGAUGAAGUUAAAGAAAUGCAACAGUAUUUAUCAAUUAUGAAAGAGAAGAUUGAAAGUGAUGGUGACGAAGAAUUAGAACAAAUGGAAAUUAUGUUGGAAAAUAUCCAGGAUAUCUGUGAAUCAAUGGAUAAUGCACGAGAUUUUGAUAAAAUUGGUGGUCUUCCAACUCUAAAGCAAUGUCUUGUUCAUUCGCACAGUGGCGUACGAUGGCGAGCGGCUGCUUUAGUAGCUACAAUGGCACAGAAUAAUCCAUACUGCCAACAAGUACUAUUAGAAGGAGAGUUUCUAUCGGUGUUGUUGGAAAUGUUAGACUCAGAUGCAAAUGAUACUGUAAAAGUAAAGGCUAUUUAUGCUGUCUCGUGUAUGGUUCGAAAUUGCAGUAAUGCACUAGAUGACUUCACUAAGAAAGAUGGUUUCUCUGUUUUAAUACGAGCAUUGCAAAGUGGCAUCGAGAAAUUACAAAUUAAGGCAGCGUUUAUGUUGAAUGCCAUUAUAUUAGAAAAGGAAACAAUAAAAGAUGAUUUGUACAGUAUGGGUUAUGUACAGCAGCUCGUAGGUCUAUUGCAAACGUCACACAAUGCUUCCCAUGAACAUAUUAUUUCUAUAUUGUGUAACCUUGUCACUGGACACCCAAGAUGCUUACAAGAAUGUCAACAACCAGGUCUUAAUCUAGAACAAACCCUCAAACUUAAAAUUGAAGAUGUCCAAGGAAAGGAGGAAUACUUGGAGGAAUUAGAAUAUACAAAACAGUUGCUAUCACUGUGUUUUCCUACGGAAAUUGACAACUCAGCGUCAACUGACAGAUAGGAUCUUGCAUCGAAUAUCAUCACAAGAAACAAGUCGCAAUUGUAUAUACAUGUAUUUCAAAUGCGAGGGAGAACUUAUUGUUUGGUGUACAAUAUAUUCAGUCUUGUAUCAUGUCAAUAAUAAAUUGAAAGGCAUAUAUUGUACUGAGCAUUCCUUUAAUUGCUGUAAACUGUUUCUAAUACAUUUUCACUGUGGUUAGUGUAUAGUUAUUCAGACUACUAACGCGUGAAUGGUCUGCCACUUUUCGUUUGAUCUGUGAUGGCGCUGUUUAUUCUCAGUGAGGCACAUUUUAGGUCCAUGACUGAAACUAUUGAAUAGCUCAGUAAAUUUUACUUGCUGAAUCAUAAAUUGCUAUGUGCAUCGAUUCGUCACAUAGCUGUACCUGAAUGUAGAAUUAUUGCAUCAAAAAUCAUGUUGCAAUUGUAUGGCUUGUACUACCAGUGUCUCAGUUCUUUUAUUUUUAAAUCUGUCAAUUCUGUUAAAAACUGUCGUAGCAUAAAAUCUGGCAAUAUUCAGAUUUUUUAAAGUUGAAAUAAAAAUUUGCAUAUGAUGAU